AAAGUCAAAUGGUUUGACAUUGAAUUUGAAAAGAAAAGAGGGAGAAAAAGAAGAAGAAGAGAGUUUGAUAAUCUGAUUGUUUCAGAGCAAAAAUAAAGAAGGUUGUAUACAAUAUAUAUAUAACCUUCCGGGCUCUUUUUUCCUUUUUCUGUUUGGAUAGAAGGAAAGUAAGAUGGUGGUAUACAAAAAGAGAGAGGCGGUUGAAGAAGUGGCAAUAUAUGGAGGAUUGAUAGGGGUGCAAUUUGUUUAUGCAGGCAACUCAAUUUUACUUGGUUAUCUUAUGUCCCUUGGCCUUAGCCCUUUCACCAUUGUUAUUUUCUUCACUUUUGCCACCUUCAUUAUUGUCUCUCCUUUUGCUCUUUAUUUCGAGAGGAGCAAUUGGCCUAAGCAAUUAACCCUGAAAUUAACAAUUCAGCUGCUUUUGAUCUCCUUUGGAGGCGUAACUCUCUUCCAAUCCCUAUUCCUCAAAGGAAUUAAUCUAACUUCACCAGCAGUGGCAACAGCCAUGCCAAAUCUUGCUCCAGGGCUUAUCUUUAUAAUUGCAUGGGCUUGCAGGUUAGAAAAAGUUGAUUUAAGUUGCCUAUACAGUAAAGUAAAGAUCGGUGGUACAUUGUUGUGUGUCUUAGGUGCCCUUACAAUGAGCCUAAUGCAUAGCUCUGUAUCACCGGAAAGCGCAAGAAUGUUCGCUGCCCCGACCAGUUUCGUUUUCAAUAAAGAUAAGAUCAUCGGUUGCAUGUACCUCAUGGCUGCGGUCCUAGUUUUGUCGAGCAAUGUGGUAUUGCAGGCGACAACUUUGGGCGACUUCCCUGCUCCGAUGUCCUUGUGCGCGAUAACAUCCUUGAUCGGAGUGAUUAUAACGGCACUGGUUCAGUUGGUCGAAAAUCAUGUUUUCCAAUGGAGUUGGCCCCUUGUUGAUGUUAGGGAGCUACUUGGCUUUUCUCUGCUGGGAGGUGCUGUGGGUGGAGCAUGUCUAAGCUUCAAUGGAUGGGCAAUGAAGAAGAGGGGACCGGUUCUAGUCUCAAUGUUUAGCCCCAUUGGAACAGUGAUCACAGUCCUCCUCUCUUUUAUUACUUUAGGGGAGACCAUUUCAAUGGGAAGCCUUGCCGGAAUGUUACUCAUGUUCAGCGGUCUCUACAUCGUCUUAUGGGCUAAAGAAAAAGAAGAAGAUUGCUCCGAUGGGGAGGGCUCGGAAAGUGAGUUCGAGUCGGAGAAGCUUCUAUUAAGUUAACAUUGCUAUCAUCUAGUAGGAAGUUUACUUGUGCUGAAAAACCAAUAAUUGAUGCAAAGCAGUAUAUAUAUAUGAAGUAUGAUUGAAGCUUUGAAUGGCAAUAAAUAAUAUAAAUGGUGCUAUAUUUUUCUA